AUGGUGACGAGAUGGAAUAGGAAGGUGUUCGUGUAUUGGCUAGGCACAGAGCCAUUCUUGUACAUUGCGGACCCUGAGUUUCUGAAGCAAAUGUCUAGCGGUGUGAUGGGGAAGAGUUGGGGAAAGCCCAGGGUGCUCAAGAACGACCGGGAACCCAUGUUCGGGAACGGACUUGUCAUGACCGAGGGUGACGAAGGGGUCCAUCACAGGCAUGUCAUCACCCCAGCUUUCUCUCCUACCAACCUCAAGGGAAUGGCAAGCUUAAUGGUGGAAUCAGCCAACAAGAUGCUGGAGAGGUGGACAGCUCUCAUAAUCUCUGGAAAGCCCGGAAUUGACGUUGAGAGAGAGAUCAUAUCAACGGCGGGGGAGAUGAUACCCAAGACCAGCUUUGGCAUUAGCCGUGAAGAUGGCAAGAAAGUUCUCGAGAAACUGCGAACCAUGCAGGUCACUCUCUUCAAGACAAACCGUUUCAUGGGUGUGCCUUUCAACCAAUUCAUCGCCCCCAAACAAUCCCUAGAGGCAAAAAGACUGGGAAAAGAAAUCGACAACCUACUACUGUCGAUCAUCGAUGAUCGCAAGACGGGCGUAGUGGCAAAUAACCAGAAGGACUUGCUCGGGUUGUUACUCGAAGGGAACUCCGAAAAUGGAAAAGCAGGGAAGAGUUUGACGACCAGAGAGUUGGUAGCCGAGUGCAAGGCGUUCUUUUUCGGGGGUCAUGAGACGACGGCGUUGGCUCUGUCGUGGACAUUGCUGCUUUUGGCCAUGCAUCCCGAGUGGCAAGAUCAGCUUAGAGAUGAGAUCAAACAAGUGGUUGGCGAGAAAAAAAAAGAGAUUGACGCAACCAUGAUUGCCGGACUAAAGAAGAUGGGAUGGGUGAUGAACGAAGUUCUACGACUAUAUAGCCAGGCGCCAAAUGUGCAAAGACAGGCACUAGAGGAUAUUAAAGUACACGACACGGUGAUGCCUAAAAGAACAAACAUGUGGAUUGAUGUGGUGUCGAUGCAUCAUGACCCUGUUCUGUGGGGGGACGACGUGAAUAUGUGCGGAGCUCCGGCGAGGUCCGGCAAUUCGGAGUUGCAGGGAAGAAAAAUCAGUGACUGGUUCGGGCUCGAGCAGAGGUGCGUAGCAGAGAGCUGUGCGGAGGUGGGGCCAGCAAAGGCGGUGUUGGGCUUCGGGCGAGGCUGGUGCAACCGAUCGGAGGGUGGAAGCGCAACAGGGGAAACCCGCAGCUGUUGCGGCGUCAGAGGGCUAGAGGCAGGUGAUGGUGGCUCGUGGAGACGCUGCAGAGGUGGAUCGGCAGGCGUGCAGGUGCUCGUGGAGGCGCAGUGGUGCGGGCAAAGGCGUCGCGUGGGGCGAGCUGCUACAAUGGAGGUCUUGCAAGGGCGUUGUUCGGUGGUGGGCAGAGACGUCGGGCGGCAGCAGCUUCACGGGGAGCGAGCGUCGGUGAUCGGAGACUCUGCUGCCGGUGCUGGAUGA